AUGACGGACGAAGGGGAUCAGUCCCUAAACGCCGGCUCGAGAGAGCAAACUCCCAGCCAGGAGUCUCGAAAUUCGACAACUCCUACUCCCAUCGUUCGUGUCACACUUGCGGAGCCUGAGCAGACAGUCGAAGCCACCGAGUCUUCUGAAGAUUCGCUUCAAGCUGAACACGAAACCGAGGAUGAUGUAGCUUUGCCCAAGGUUCGUUCUGAUUUCGAAGAAGCCGGAACGGAUGAGGAGCCUUCUGUCAUCUUCUCUGGACAACCUACCGAGGCUGAGACUGAGGAGGAUUCACUCCUUUCUCCAUCAAGCGACAGAUCCAGACUCAGCGACAUAGUCAUUGGACGGUCAUUUUCCCCAGAAGAUGACGACUACGACAACGAGAAUGACCACGAAGACGAAGACGACGACCAAAGUGUAACAUCCUCCAAGUUUUCUGAUUCAGACUCGGACGAAGAAUCAAGAGGGCGUCCAAGAAUCUCUUCUAGAUCCCACUCCCCUGCCAACACUUUCGUCACGCGUGUUGCAAAUCAGAAAGAACUCGAGAAAUCUACAGCGAAACGCCGCCGCAGCCAGGAAGGACUCCCUAGCGGUGCUAAGCGAAAGGCGACUGGAGAGAGAAGCCCUCUUGCCAUCGAAUAUGUCACUAUAGAUCGCGAUCACGACCACGCCGAGGUCACUUCUCCUACAGAUGUAAAAGUGAUCAUCACAGACCCAAAUGCUGUCGCAGACUUGAAGAAGUGUGCGGAGAAGAACGAUUGGCCCAUGUCUCCUGUCGACAGAGCAUCGUCUCUUCCGCAAAGCACCCAAGACGCUGUUACGGAGGCUUUCGAGUUGCAGGAGAUUCUGAAACUUGCCGAAGCCUAUAACAAGGAUGGGCCUAAGCAUACUCCACCACAAGUUCCUGAACGACCUGGAACACCAAACUUCGGCAUGUCGUCAGCAGAUGCUGAAGCAGAGGAUGAGGAUGUCAAUGCUCCCAAUAUCCCCGGCAGACUCACCGCCCCAAGUUCCAGGCGUGUCGAGACAGGUAGUUUGGGACAUCGUCGAUCUACCUCAGCUGAUGAGGCUGCCAAAGCUAAACAAACCCUACGAGCUGGCAGAGUCGGCCUCAUUCAGAAUGACUUGAGAAGACUAGCUGUCAACAAGCACCACAACGUAAGUGUGUGGAAACCUGAAGAUCUCUGGUACUUCAUGCGCGUCCAGGAGGACCGAGUUCUCUCGCUGUCCAAGGUUUUGGGGCAAAACAAGCUAUCGAUCGACUCCGAGGGUGUUGCAGAUGUGCGCGCUGAACGCGAGGCUAUGCAAGAUGAAGUUGAGAGAAUGAAAUCUGAACUUGCCGUGGCCAAAGUAGCAUACGAGAAGAGAGUCUUGGAGCUGGAAAACGAAGUCAAAGAGGCCGACGCGAUGGUUAAAAUACUCCAAGGAGAGCGUUUCGAAGGAUCUUUAGUUGAAGCUAUCACCGCAUCGCCAACUCAACUCCCUUCAGAGGUACAAGAAGGUCUUGACAAGGUCUCGAAGGACGUCGCAGAAAUGGGCGGCAUGCAAAUCAGUAUGAACGACAACAUGGCCAAAAUGCGUUCCAUGCUCGACGUCAGUCAAGUACAAGAGAAGCAGAUCCUCGCACUAAACGUCGACAACGCCCAGCUUCGCAACCAGAUCGUCUUCUUCGAGAAGCAGGCCGAAAAAGCCGUGCAGAGGUUCCUGAAUGAGCAAAAAGCCUGUGGCAAAGUCACGAAGGCAUACGAAGAACACAAGAAGGAGACUGCUCACUUGGCACACCGAAAUUCAACCUUGAAAGCUCUCAAGGUCCAGACGGACCUUGAACUUGCCGGACUCAGGGGUCAGAUCGAGGAGUUGAAUGAUACUGUCUCUGAGCUGGAAUCUAUGCAAAACGCUACCGUAACAAUCGCUGCUCCAGUCGCCGCUUCGGUUGCUGAGAAGUCAGAGCCUAGGGUCGACCUCCUGGAACGAGAGCUUGAGACGACAAAGCUGUCAAACAAAUCGCUCGCAGGCAAGGUUGCCACACUGGAGCAUCUUCUGUCCAAAUCGGAAGAAAAGAGCAAGAGGUUCAAAGAACUGUACAAAUCUGCAAACGACCAGCGUGUCUGGUCUUUCGCUCACUAUGCGACCUUGAGACAACCAUGGCCAAUUGCUACCAGGGAAGACAUUGCACAAUUGAUCGUCAAUGUGAUAAACGAGAACAGACUGCCUGGUGAUGAGUCCGUCCAACCCGCAGAAUCGGCUAUCCACGGCCGCUCUACUGGUGAAACUUAUUCAGAACUUGGCCAAUCUGUGCCCGAGCUUCGACUCCCAGAACAACUCACAAGAGACCACGUCGUCCCAUGGCUUGCUGCAGACAUGGGUGUACGCAACAUUUUCGAUGAGAUCCGCGCUCUCGGCAUCUACCUGGAUGGCCGUGUUGAAGACGAGAUCUUGCGUACUCUCAUCGAGCAGGGAUUGUGUUAUGGUAACUACGACGUAUUCUCCACCUUCGUCUUUUCGGGCAGGCCCAUCUCCCGCGAAGAGUUUGUUACCCGUCUUGCCAGCCUCAUCGGAACCCUGGAUGUCCUGGAGAAGCGAUUGUACAAGGCGGAGACAGACCGUGACCUGGCCGAGAAGAAGACCUCCGAGCUUGCACAAAGGGAUCAUCAGAACCAAUUGAAGCUCAAGCAAAACGCACAUGACCUCAAGAAGGCUCGUAGGGCUAUGGAUACCUUUGAGAAGCAUCACGGAAGUCCUUCAGGCGCUCUCGAAGACUUGAUUGUACUGCAGACCAGAGAAGCAGACCUCGAAGCAGACAUGGCAGAUCUAAGAGAGGAAGUCGCCUACUAUGAACGUGAAAUGGCGCAGGUACGCCAUGAAGUCAUGUCCGACAGCGAUCUUACGAUCACUGGCGAAGAAACAUGCAAGAUCACCGCCCAUAGGGAGUUGGAGGCCAAGAUUUGCACGCUCGAGAACGAGAAACGAGAGCUUGUGGCCUCCUUCAAUAAGAAGAUGGCCGGAGAUGAUCCUUCUUAUGGUGGAACAGCCGAUGAUAGCGUCAUUGACCGUCCAAUUGAUUACCAACCCUCCGUACAUGACUACUGGGCAGAACUCAACAAGCUUAGGGAGGAGAGUGAGCAACUCAACCGAGUCCACGAGAUCGACAGCGCUCAAUUGCCAAACUCUCCUACAUGUCCGAACUGUAGCGUCAUGCGUAAACAGAUUGAGAAGUUGAAGAAGAAUCACAAGUUGGCGCUGAAAAGAGCCGAAGAAACCAGAGAAAGUGAUGUCAUCCGCACCAUGAACUCCGCCGAAGCCUUCGCACAUGGGGAGAAAGCUGAGCUUCAGAGUAAGAUCUCUGAGCUUACACGACAGUUGGGCGAUGCCUCUUCAGAAACACCAAUUCCCACCAGACCUGCUCGUUGUGACGAUUGUGCCUACCUCAGUUCUGAGAACACAAAGACUAAGAUCAAGCUCAGGGCAGCGCAGGACAUGGUUCGACACCUCGAUCACCGAGUCUUUGCCUACUCUGACCGUGCCGAUACUGCCAACAAGGAAGUUGUCAGACUCCAAACCGAGGUCGACCGUUUGAAUGGUCAAUCACCCAGCGUAACAUCCACGGCCCCCACUUCUGCCGGUAACAGUCCAGAGCAGCAAACUCAGAAAAACAACCGUAUCAAGGAGCUCGAAGUUGAACUUGUCAAAACUCAACAGCUUUUGACUGACAAGAUUCAGACGACGCUGGGUGGCUCUUGGGGUGCUACUAAGCUUGCUGCUGUCCCUCUUGAUCAACAAGAGGACAUGUGGGACUCCUUCGAGACUGAGAGUAACCAUCGUAAGCUUGUCAAAGAGAGAAAGGAACUUCGCGAAGAGAAUGCGAAAAUGCAUAAGCUUCUUGACGAUUUCGAGACCGCUGCCGCUGUUUGGGUAGUCGGAGAGGAGGUCAGUGCAGAGGACUUGGAUAGAGCCACCAACAUAGGUCUUCAGGCCAGACUCGACCACUUGGAACUUCUGAAGGCAGAUGUUGGCGAGCUGCAGAAACUUCGCGAGAAGAACGCCACGCUAGUCUCUGAAAAGGAAGCUCUUAUCACGAAGGCGUAUGAUCUGGAAGGUGUGAUUGGGUACCUCCAUGGAAACAACUCACCUAAAUGCUGUGGAGCUGUCAGGAACGACCUUGAGAAAGAAAGUGAAGCUCACGCUGUCACCAAGAGUCAGCUUGAAGGUGCUCUCGCUAAGGCCAACGCCAAUGACGACUUUCAAACUGGCGAGGGCCAGGAUCCUUGCAAGGUAGUCAAGCAAGAGCUGCAGACUUCCAAGGAACGUCUUGAAAACAUCACCAAGAAAUUCGAGGACGCCGAGUCCGAUCACGACUGGAAAGUCGACGUAAUGAUCAAGGACUACGAAAGUCUACACACACAGUUCAAGGACAGCGAGAAGAAGCUCAAGGAGGCUCUUAAAAGCACCACGCCUGAUGAGAACCCUGAUCAAGCCGAUAUCAACGACUCUGGCAAGGACGUCAAGGCAGAGCUCAAGACUGUCAAGAGUCAAUACAAGGAACUGGAAGAUGCCUUCAAAGUCAAUACAGGUCAGCUCGAUACAGUGAGGAAGCAGCUUCGUGAAGUCAAUCUCAAGGCUAGCGCACAGAACACUGGCGGCAAUGUCACAAGUCCGAACGAUGAUAGCAAAAAGCUCAGAGAGGAACUUGAAGCCACCAAAACAGAGUGUGUCAAGUCGACUAAGCAAUUGCAAGAACUCCUUGAUCAGGAAAAGCAGACCACCAAGAAGUUGCAAGAGGAUCUCGCCAAGGCGAAGGUUGUAGACCAACCUACCAACAACGACAAAAAUGACCCUCAAGAACAGAUCGCGUCACUUUCUCAGCAACUGCGUGAAAGUGCGGUGAAGAUUGUAAAUUUGCAACAUCGCAUUGGCGAGCUUGAAACCACCAAGGAUACCUACAAGCUUGCUGGCGAUAGACACUUGCCUCCUCCAGAGGACGAUCAGUGCAAGGAUACUAUCAUGGAGCUCAUCGGUGCACAGACAAAGCUCAAGGGACUCAUUGAUACUUACAUCAUGCCAACACCUGAGACGCCAGGAACCCCGAUCAAGCAUCCAAAGCAGAACACUUUUACCGAGGAUGUGUUUAGCGUGUUUGAGAAAUUUGUGCUCCGCAAAGAUCCUGGGGCUGAGUCGGCUCCUGGCAGCCCGACCAAGGCUUCUCACGAAGUUCCAGCACCUAGACCUAUAGCUAACGACGACCCUUGCGGCGUCUACAAGAAGCAACUCAGGGAUGUUCAAAAGCAGUGUGAUGCUUUCGAGAUGCUCACCCUGUACAAGGAGAAGUUGUUGAGAAGCGAAGAGCGUCUGGGUAGAAGAGACAAGGAUCUACAAAAGGCAAAGAACAUGCUGGAGAGAGUCGUUGAUGAUUCACCUCACGCUGUUCGCAAGCUUCUCAACGAAGCCUAUCUAGCCAAUCGUAGACAAGCCAACAUCAUCGAAUGCAAGGAGAUUGUCGCAGCUCAACAUGCUGAAGAGAUGCUUGCUCUUCACAAGAGACUCGAAAGACUCAGAAGACCUAAUGCGCCCAUGGAGGAACUGCAAGACGAGAAUGACUCGAAGAAGAAGAAACUUCUUGACUUGCACGACGAGUUCCACAAGUACAAGAUUGAGAAGGGCAAACAACUCAAUUUCCUGGGAAGUCAGCUUAGCAUACUCUACACCGAGAGGGACGGAUGGAGAGCUGAUACAAAGGGCGAGAAGAAGACACCGGUAAAGAGUCUUUGGAAGCCGGCUGAGACGGCCAAGAACGCCUCGACAGCCACUAAGAAUGUGUCUCAGACAGCUUCAGCCGAAGCAAUAAAGCUCAAGAAAGCAAAGGAUGACGAAGCCAUCGAGAAAAUCAACAAGGCUAUUUUGGAAGCCCACGAGGCUAGGAAGUCUGGAGUCAAGACAAGUGAGCCUGCUUCCAAGGCAGUCAGCUCCGAGUCGAAGACAGCCGACUCCACCUCCAAGACAACCGAAUCCAAGUCUACGACAGCCGGAGAUGAAGAAAAGAAGGAGCCGAAGGAACCGGAGCCUCCGCUUCCUAAGCUCAUAUAUGAGUUCUGGCCUUGUCCGCCCCCAGAGAAGCAGAAGAUCUUUGAUGAAGCAUUCGAAAAGAGUGAGAAGUUGUACGGAACCCCAGUGUACAUUACAAAGGACCGUCUGCCUCAUCAUCCUAAGCCCAAGCCCUCGUCUCUGUUCAACGAGGGAGAGAGUUUGAGGUGGAAACUCCCCAAACUUGCCAAACGACACUGGUACUCGGAUGCCGCCGAAGCUGUGGUCAGGUUCCCAACCACUGAAUGGUUCUUGCCAUCCUUCUACAUCACAAUGGUGGUUCUCGACCAACUGGACAGUGAGAGCCGUUACGCACACGCUCUCAUAGACUCUGUCUACGGACGCGAACGUGGUCCCCACGAUUGGAUUUGGUCAUGGCCCGUACUGGUUGCUGCAUUCUUCUUCAUCUACACCUGCUGGAUCACAGACUCGUUAUUCUGCAGGAAACCAAUCGAGAUCAAAGAGGCCAAGGUCGAAGAGAGCAACCUAAUGCUACCAGAUUCUUCUGAAGUGGAAAUACCUCCUAAGAUUGAUCCUUGCAAGGAUGUCAAGAAGGGACUUGCUGAUCUGAAGUUCAAGUACAAGGAGACUGAGGAACCUAAGAAGGAUGACACCAACGCCAACGCGGACAACGCGACCAAGGUCCCUAAGGGUACUACUGACAAGGCCGCUGCUGACAAUGCAAACAAGGCUGCAGCAGACACUCCAGCGAAGGCUGCUACGGACAAUUCGAAGAAGUCUGUUGGCACUGCGAACAAGCCUGCUACCGAAGCCUCAAACAAGAUCGCCACCAACAACGGAGAUCCUUGCAAGACUGUCAAUGACGAGCUUCUUGCGACCAAGUUCAGACUUCAAGAUGCUGAAGAUCGACUUCAAGGCAACAAGACUGUCAUCGACUGGAAGAACGACAAGAGGACACCUGAACAAUGGAAGGAAGUCGAGAACACCAAGUUCUGGGAGAUUGCUGGUGUUCCGGGACCUCGACGUGGUACCACAAUUACCUACGAAGACUUCCAGAAGAAUGGCGGAGUUGAGUUUACUAGACGUUCAAGUCAAACAGCUGCCCAGUUGGCCGCACAAAAGGGUGCAUCUUCAGCUGCUGCACAAGCCGGACAAAGAGCCGCGUCUGCAAAUACAAACUCCGUUCAUUGGGCACCUGGUACAGGGGCACCGACUACCCAGCAGUUCUCAACAGGACGUCUGUUCAGCACUCCCGAACUAACUGGUCCCUGGCCCGCACCAACACCAGAUUAUCUGAUUGAAUUCAACACACCUGAUAAUGGAAUCUUCGCUUCUCAACAGGGCUAUGGGUCAGCAUCAAGCGCAGGACCGGACUACACCGAAAAUGUCUUCUCUGACCCGUCUUUCAACGUACAACCCAAGUCGAACAGUUCGUUGAAUUCUGUCAUAUAUGGCCCAUCGAGUUACGCCGGACAGCGUCUUGAUGACACUUUCUUCAGUAAUACUCCAUUUGAUGAAGCUGGAUUCUUUGUCCCUGCUGAGAUAUCAUUCGGAGGCACUGGUCUUAGUGGUGGACUCGACGACUUGGGCAGCUAUGUGAACAGUCUUCAGGGCCAACGCGGAUCUGCCACCACAGCUUCAGCCAGUGACGCUGGAUUCAGGCCCAAGGAUCCUCCUGGUCAGGCAGGCAAGAACCCUGAAAGCGCCAAGGAAGGAGUCGAGCCUCCUCGUACUCCCCCUGGACAAAUAGGCAAGAAUUCGGCAAUUGCUAAGAGAGGAGUCGAGUCGCCUCAUACCCCACCUGGGCAGAUCACUCCUCCACAUGGCGAUGCGUAUGAUGGCACACCUAUCAACUCGUCCAUCCAGAAGACGCCAUCGGAAUGGGUCGAUUACCUCAAUGCUAGACAGUCAAAGAGUCCAAAGAUCAAGCAGACACCUGCACUCCCCUUUAUCUACCCGGCUACAGACGAUACCAAGCUGUCGUAUGCAGAAUUUGUCAACAGGCUACAUUCGCCUGAGUCUGCGGGCAACAGUCCUUCGAAGAUCGAGACCAAGCCUGUGGAGGAGUCCAAGUCUGCUGCCCCCUCCAAGCCUGCGGAAACGUCGGAGGACUCGCCAUUCAACGGGUCCGGUGCAUUCGAUCCCCAAACACCUCCCCCUAGAAUUCCCCCGCAAUACAGGGAUGGCUUCUUCCAGAGACUCCAGACCAACGAAGUCUGCUGUGAGCACGAGUAUGAGUGGAAAGCCGCAAGGGGAUCUCUAUUGAAGAACCCAUCAGAAUACGUGCAGGAAACGCCCCGAGAGUGCGUACAUGGAGGAACCUAUCGUAUCCGUGCCAACAAUUUGAGCUCACCCCGGGCUAAAGCUUUACGAGUGGGCGUAGAUGCCAACGAUAUCAUCAUGUGUCCCACAGCAGCGACCCCAGAAGCUCUGAGCGCUGCAUGGACAAAGUUUCUUCACAAGUACCCUAAUGUGAUACUCUACCUUGGCGAAUUCAACGAAAAGGAAAUGAAGUUUGGAGUCAAUGCAUCCAUCAACGUUCACAACUUCAUCGCCCAGAGACAAGCUAUCGCUAAGAAGAACAAGGUCAAGUACCCUUCGCUCAUCGAAUUGUCGCUCUGGCGUGCUGAAAAUGGGUUCUUGCCUCCUGCUGAAUCCGAAGUUGCGAUCCUUGCAGACAUCGUGGAUCGCCGCAGAAUCGAUCUUACACAGAGCGUUCGAGGAACAGAUUCGGAGCUGUCAUCGUUGAUUGGGCAGUAUCAAUACACCCCGUCAAACAACAUCCCGGGAGCAUUCUCUCAGAUACCAGAGGCAGUGCGAAACCCUGGGUCUGUCAACCAGCAACAGCCUGCAUCACGUGGCUAUGUGGCGCCCACAUAUCCACCCGGAUCGUUCUGGCAGCUACCAGAGGAAUUGCGAAACCCUGGCUUUAUCCCCACUGUUAGAAAUCCUACUGCCACCAGUCCUACUUCAAAUGCUUCGUCUUACUCGAUCUCACGUCCCACAAUGUCUGGCUCAAACAUCGAUUUGAGUGGUACACCCGGAUUCAAAAUACUAAGACCGCGCGGUGAAGACCCUUGUAAGGACGUCAAGGAGAGACUCGAAGCAACACAGAAGGAGCUUGAUUUCUUAAAGGACCAAGAAGAUUGCGACGAGGUCAAAAAGCGCGUUAAAGAACUUCACGAACAACUCUCAGCUCUGAAGAUUCUUUACGACCCCGUUCGUACGCAGCUCACAAACACGGAGGCCGAGCUCGAAAAGGAAAAGAAGGCGCAUGAAGAGGCCAAGGCACAGCUUGCCCUGGCAGAUCCGAAGACUAUCAAGACGAACGGAGAUCAACUCGCAGCAGUCAAGGCUGUCGAAGACAAACUGAAGGCUGCUGAGAAGGAAGCCACCAAGAAGCUUGAGGACGCCGAGACUGAGGCCAAGAAGUGGAAGAAACAGGACGCGGAGUCUCGUAAAGCACUUGAGCUCGAGAAGAACCGAGCUGCACCUUCCAAAAAGCAAGUCGAGGAGCAGAUCGAGGAACAAGUCAAGGAGCGAGUCAAGGAAGAAGCCAAGAAGCAUGUCAAGGUGCAGAUCAAACAAGUGGAAGUUGUCAGACCUGUCAACAAGUCUUCGUGGACACGCUUCUUGAUCACACUUGCUUUGUCGACUUUCUUGGGAAUCAAGUACUACGACAACUAUAUCCUCGGAUUCACACCUCUGCAUGAGGGAUCAGCUCUCUCUGUGACAGACAUUAUCUGGUAUGACUUUGUAGAAUUAUUCAGAGAUAACAGCGGUCUCAUCACCACUUUGGGCGCGAGCACCGUUGGAGUGUUGGUCAUCUAUCUGGCCUGGGUCUUUUGCGCUGUCUUUGACCCGUACCCUGAUAGCAGACACCGCGAUCUUGACGGUAGCGAUGGCGAUGAAAGUGGCGACAGCAGCGACGACGACAGCAAUGACAACGGAGGCGACAACAACGGCGGUGAUGACAAGAAGGGCGAUAGCUCUAAGAAGCAGACCAAGGAAGACAAUCGUCCCAAGGAGCUCAAUACUAUGAGCCCGAUGCCUUGGUUCCCACUGGGUAUUGCACCUGGUUCGCCCCAGUCACCCAAGUCACCUCAGAAGUACAGCAGCAAGAACCCCUUGUCCUGGUUCUCACUGGAUAUCGCACCCGACUCACCAAAGUUGCCCAAGUCACCCAGAUCGCCUAAGCCGUUCAAGACGACUCGUCAACAGACUUGGAAGCACUCGGACAUUUCUUCCGUCAGCACUGAGCCUUCUUCGACAAGAACGGCUGAUAUUCGUACCAAAGUCCAUAAGGAGAAGGAUGUUUCCCCUUACUGCAAAGAGCUUGAGGACAAGAUCGAAGAGUAUCAGAAAGAGGUCUCACAAGCCAAACGAGAACUCACUGCUGCAAAAUCCGAGAUAAAAGCUUUAUCCGAAGCCCGAAUCUCACCCUCCGCUACAGCCCCACAAGCUGGUCCCAAGGCUGAUCCUAAGCGUCACCCAUACGCACGCUCAGCCAUCAGCUCUGUCAGCAAUGCACCCGAGGUGUUUGAGUCAGUCAAGGAAAAAGUCAAGGAGACGGCCGAGGAAGCAGAAAAGACUGUCGAGAAAAAGGCCCAGCGUUCUCAGAGUAUUGUUUCGACAGCUGCCGAGACAGGAAAGACUAUUGUAACAGAGGGUCUUGAUAUCUUGAGCCUCGGUCUUUUCGGUCUGGUAAAGGACAAGGUUGCUGGUUUGAGACCGCAGAUCACGUCCUCCACGGAGUCGUCUGUACCUGAAAUCACAGCUACUAAAUCUGACGAGAAUAAGAACUCGAAGGCAGAGCUCGAAGCUACCAAAAAGGAACUCGAAGCUGUCAAGAAAGAACGUGAUACCGCUCUGAAGGAGCUCGGAGAUAUCAAAAAGAGUCCUGAUGCUAAGAAGGGCGAGAACGAGCUUUGGGAUGGUAUGAUCAAGGGAGAAGCAGAUUGGGAAGACCCAUGUAAGGAUGUCAAGAAAGAGCUGGCGCUUGUCAGAAAGGCACUUGAACAAGCCAAGGGAGAGGUUGAGUUCUUGAGAAAGGAAAAGAAGAAAAGAGAGUCGAAGCAAGCCAAGGAAGAAUUGAGGAGAAAGGAGAGAAUAAGGAGACAGGAGGAGCUCGGCGAAGACUAUGAGGAUGAGGAUGAAGAUUCACCGGAUGGUUCUGACGAUGGCGACGACGACUUCCCUCCUGCCGGUACGAUCGAGGCAAAGUUCUUGGUCAAGGAAAAUAUGCUGAAGAUCAGAGAGAUUCAACUCAAGGAAGCUGCUGAGCAGUUGAAGGCUUGUCACGAGGCUAACAAGGCAUUGCGAACCAGAAUGUACGACGCCGAAGACGGAUGGGCCGUCGAAAGAGAGGGAGUCAACACUCUUGAUCAACUGAACAGCACCUGGUCUCAGCGCUACUCGAGGAAGAAUCUUUCGGACCAAGGCACUCAAACAUCACCUGUCCGUCUGGACAGUACCCAAGCCUCUUCUGGCGAUGCCGAUCACACCGAAUGCAAUUUCAAGAUUCAUGCCUUGACUGUCGAGCGCGAUCAUCUUGUGAAAGAUCGUGAUGAGGCCCUUCAGAAACGGGAAAAUUGUGAGGAUCGACAACGCCAAGCUGAGCAAAUCAAGCAAGAGAACACGCUCAAGCAAGAUGCUACUAGCCAAGAAGAUCUCGAUCAAGUGAUGAGUCAACUCGAGGCUGCGAACGAAAAGCUGAAGGCUGCGGAAGAACAAGUCGAUGCUGCCAACAAGGAGAUUGCAGAUCUCACUGCCGAGGUCAUGCGUGGAAGUAGUCAUGGCUUGUGUCUGACUGGCGGCAAGCGCAAGAUUGUCGAAGAGAACCUUGCCGACCUUGAGAAGCACGUUGAAGAACAACGUGCCGACCAUCGGCACGAGAUUGAAGGCUUGAGGGCAGCAAACAGGAAGCUCAAGGCAGAAAUCGACGUAAAGAAAGACAUGGUUGAGAAGUGGAAGAGGGAACAUUACAGGACUAAGGAUGUGAUCGAAGAUCUUCACCGUAAGCUAUCGAAAGCUCAAACGAAAUACGAAGAAAUAAAAAAGAUGGAGGAGCAAGCAUUCAAGGAAGCUGAAGUUUCGAAGAAAUUAUUGGAUGCUUGGCAGAAAGAACUCAAGGGUCCAUCGCCGACUCUUCCCCCAAACCUUUCUUCGGACCCUGAUACUGCUAGGUAUCAAAGACUGCUACACGACAAGACUAGGCAACUCGAAAUGGCAAUCUACAACAAGGAACAGGUUCAAGAAUGGGUAGAUUGGUACAAGACGCGAGAGGCUGAGAAUCACGUUGAAUGUAACAAAACCCUCAAAGUCUACAAAGAGAAGUGGGACAAGGCUCAGGAAACCCUAUUCAAAGCCGCCGAAGUCAACGAUGAGAUGCAGAAGGUAGUGUUGAUCGGUAAGAACAAGGUUCUAGAAGCAGAAAAAGAAAAGAGAGCACUCGCAAAGCAAGUCGAGGAGCUGACCGAAGAGCGCGCUUCCGAGAAGAAGGGUAAGAAACAUCCUAGCCCUCCAGAGGUACCGUCUAGCGCACUCCAGGAUACCAGGCGACAGAUUCGCCUCGUUGAGGACGAAGCAAGAAGAUUGGAGGCCGAUUGCAAUCGUCUGGCACGUGAGAAUACACAACUUAAACAACGUUUUGAACAUAAAAUCGACACCCUCGAGCAUGCGGCCGAUCCUAAACUCCCUGUCAAGACCGCAUACCCUACCCCCAUCAGCGGUGUCAGAAAGCCAGAAACCGACAAAAACAAAACACGCCCUGCAGGAAUCAUCACAGACUUCAGCAACUUGGAUGACCCCUUUAACGAUGCUCUCGUAACUGGCGGCCUUCUUUCAGCAAAAACACCAGAGUUUAAUCCAAACCGCCUCUUUGAUGCCCUCGGACUCCCACAUUCUGAACUCACACCCCGACGCAAACCUAUACCCAUGCCUAUCCCACCAUUCCUAGCAUCCACUCCUCUGACACCACAAGGUCGCAGAAGGGCCGCAGAACGUGUGCUCACCGAUCCUAAACGGGAAGCAGAACUCGCAAAGGAGAGAGCUGUCAAUGCUGCCUAUAGAAGUGCGGAGACAGAAUUCGAAGAGUGGAGGACUGAUCAAUACGCAUUGGUGUACUCGCGAUUGAGACCCAAAUUGCAGAUCCCAGUCAGAAAUAUCCUGGGCCAAUUGGAGACGCUCAGUGAGAGGAGUAAUGAGGAGAGAUCUGUGAAAUUUGAAGAGUCCGAGAAGAAAGACGACAAGGAAGAAGCAAAAACACCAGAAAACAAAAAAGAAAAGCAAUCGAGGAUUGAGACAGAUCAAUCUCAAAAAAGCGAUGAUAGUAGUGGAGAGAGUUUGGAUGAUGAGGAGCAUGCUAAAAGAUUCCUACCUACACCAUUUCCGAAGAAACCGAGGUUUCCGGGUGCGACGGGAUAUCAGAGUCCUGAUUGA